AUGUCGCAAGGUGACGAACAUCCACAAACUCAAUACAUCAAAAGUCUCAAAGCAAAGAUCCUGCUUUCUAAGGCUGUUUCAUAUUCAGAUUAUAUUGAGGUUGAAUCUAUCCUCACCAAUGCUGCAGAUAUCCUCACUGCUCAGCUCUCCGACUCUCAUCCUCUAGUUCUAACCUGUAGGAGCAACAUUGCAUUGGUAAUGCUGGCACAAGGCAGAUAUGACGAAGCUCUAACCAUAAACCGUGCUGUUUUAACGGCAAGGGAACAUGGCCCUUGGCUGGAUCAAUGUUUGAGGCUGAAAGAAGGAUGCCAUGCCGCUCAGAAUUUGAGUUCUCAAGUAUUAGUUGAUAGGACACAAAUUUACACCGACGGAACUUUUGAGGGUGACGAUUUCCACCCUGAACAGCUUACGAGUCUCCACCUCCAAGCACUCAUUCUUGCUGGCCUUGGUCAACACAGUGGAGCCCUUCAUAAAAUGGAUCUUGUGUUGAUUGGUAGAAAGCGAGUUCUUGGAGAGUCACAUCCAGACUACCUCAACAGUCUCACUUGCAAGGGCGAAAUUUUACGUGGUCAGCUUCCUCUUGAAGACGGACGGGAGGAAAUGUUGGACACCAUUGAUGCUCUUCAUGGAAGAGCUCUGGAAGGUCUGACUCGAGUAUUUGGUUCUCAGCAUCACUGGACACUUCAGUGUUUAUCUUACAUGGCAGCUGCAAAGCGUGAACGCGGUGAUGCAUUAAGUUACACUGAGGCUGCUGGACUUUAUCGUCAUAUUUCGCGCGCCUACGAGGGAAAUAUGGGCGAUCUCCACCCUGAAACGGUCAGAGCAAAGGCUCACCUGGCAGAAGUGAUGCAUCUUUUGGGUAACCGUCCCGAGGAGGCUAAGAAGGUUUUUAGAGAGGCUUGCGCCGGACUUGCGAAGGUAUUUGGCUCAGAUGCCCAUGCUACCAUUACCGCGUAUAGAGGUUACGAAAAGUUUGCAAAGGACCUUUCUGAUCCAGUCUAA